AUGUAUUCUACAACAGCACCUCUUGAUUUGGAUUAUCUCAACGAACAGUUGCUUCCUCGACGCUACGAAUCCGAAGAAGAGGAGACGUCAGAAUCAGAAUAUGGGGCCCAUGACCAUGCCUUUUCGCCUAUCAAGACUGCUGGUCCCUUCGACUCGGAUACCAGUGCAGAUGAGCUUUCCAAUGUGAAUUCCCCAGAGUCGCCAGUGGACAAGUCGUCAUUUGCCCGCCUCCUGUCAGCCUAUCCAUCCGGCAAACAAAGUCGACCCGUAUCCAUGGAUACGGUGAAACGAAGCAGUGGAACGACGUUUGUACCAGAUUCGUACAUCUUUGACGACGAAGACGACGUGAUAAUUGAGCUGCCCUCCCCUAGUGCUACCUCUCCUUUGCAAUCUCCCAUCUUCCUUCAGCCAACAGUCUACCAACCUCCCGCGUCUCCCCCGUCGCAACAGUCACGAUCUCCGUCUCCGGCUCUAAGCGAGUCGGAUGAAGAGACAGACGUGCUCGUAGCAGAGCAGGUCAAAUUCGUGGAACCCUGCGCCAAACCUAAUCUAAUCCUAAUUAGUCCCGUCACCGACGGAUCAGUGGUCGAAGAACCUGAACCCAUGUCGGCAGUUUCUGCGGUUUCUGCAGAUGUACCCGAUCGCUUUCCAUCCGGCCAAGGAAUCUACUCCUUGAACCAGGGAACCAAAUCCCAGCCCUUGUUGAGCGACAAGCGGCCCGAUUACCUGGCGCACAUGAAGCGCGGCAGCUUGCAGCUGCACGGCAAAUAUGCGAAACAAGCGCCCAAACGGGCCGAUACGGACCCCUUCACAAUGCCGCGAGCUCUUGCGGACGUUCCUGAAACAGCCCAGGCGAUGGCCAUGCGCUCGCGUGCUAUGACAUGGAAUCGACCACAGACGUCCGCCGACAGUGCAUCGAACCGCGGUCCCAAAGCGGGUCUCCUCCGCCGUCCGCCAUCUAUGCAAAGUGUUGGUGGUGCUGGUGGUGGUUACUCUCUGUUCCCGAGCACCAGACGAACCCCUGCAUAUCCUGGCGAUGAGUUCCACGCUCGGUCCACCUCUGUGUCCCACCCGAUCGCCAGUUCGGACAUGAGCCAGCCACCAUCACGCACAUCCAGUCCAGCACCAUACUACUCCUCCCCUACAUUCAACCGACACCGCUCGGGUUCAUCGUACAGUGUAUCCAGCGUCCCCGGCAACAUCGCACAGCGGCCGCCAUUGCGCAACUCAAUCAUGAAGAGCUCAACCGCAUCGAGUGUGUACUCGGCCAGCAGUCUGCGAUCGGAAGUGGAGAGCGUGCACAGCCUGGAACCACGGGAGACCGCCGAGCCCGAAGUUGCCAAGACGGCGCGGCGGAAGAAGAGUUUUCGGCGCAGCAAACAGCCCAAGCUCGAGAGCACAACAACUGAGCCGCUCCCAACAACCCCCAAGAGUUUCAUGGGGUUCAUGUUACGAGGGCGGAGAAAGUCCACCAUUCAAAAGUCUUAA